CGCCAGUCCGUCCGCGGGGCGCCAGUGUGGCCGCGUCGCUCACCUGAUCGUUGAACUAAGUGACACCUAAUGUGAUGAAGUCCGCUCGACUGUCCUCUGCCGGCCUCGUGCUGGGCUCAAGUGUCAGAGCCACUCCCGGCCCUCGUCACGCUGUGUGCUGUGAGACGUUCACAGACACUCACAUGGGACGAGGCAACAGCCCCGCCGCCGCUGCCGCUGCUGCUGCUGCUCACUUCCUGAAUCCACAACAACAGACGGAGCGCUGCUGUGUGUCAGGGGGAGCGGACACACGCCGAGUUUGUCUCGAUAACGUCAACUUUGUGGCGGUUGGAAGUCCAGCGUCGUCGGUUUGCGUCGACGAGUGCGCCCGCUGCUGUGGCGAUGGUGGAGGCUCCGGCGGUCUGUCUGUUCGAGGACAUCCAGUAUGAAGACAUUCAAGUGGAAGCGGCUGUUGGCAGAGGGACGUUUGGUGUUGUCUACAAGGCCGUGUGGAAAGGAAAGGAUGUGGMCAUCAAGACCAUCGAGAGUGACAAUGAAAGGAACGCUUUCCUGGUCGAGCUCCGCCAGCUCUCCCGGGUGAAUCACCCCAACAUAGUUAAGCUGUAUGGCUCCUGUGACAAUCCGGUCUGUUUGGUCAUGGAGUAUGCAGAAUGUGGCUCUUUAUAUAACGUCCUUCACAGUGCAGACCCACAGGCCCAAUACACCUCGUCUCAUGCCAUGAGCUGGUGUCUGCAGUGCGCCAAGGGAGUUGCCUACCUGCACGCUAUGAAGCCGAAGGCCUUAAUUCAUCGGGACCUCAAACCACCGAAUCUGCUCCUUGUGUCUCGGGGUACAGUGCUGAAGAUAUGUGACUUCGGCACAGCUUGUGAUAUUCAAACGUACAUGACCAACAAUAAAGGCAGUGCAGCGUGGAUGGCACCGGAGGUCUUUGAAGGCAGCAACUACAGUGAAAAGUGUGACGUGUUCAGUUGGGGUAUUAUCCUGUGGGAGGUCAUCACACGCAAGAAGCCCUUUGAUGAGAUUGGCGGCUCUGCAUUUUGUAUAAUGUGGGCGGUCCACAGAGGUACACGGCCCCCUCUCAUUAAAUACCUCCCAGAACCCAUCGAGACUCUGAUGACCCGCUGCUGGGACAAAGAGCCCAGCCAGAGACCGUCUAUGGAGGAGGUGGAGAACACCAUGAGCCAUCUCAUGAAGUAUUUCCCAGGUUCUGAUGAACCACUGCAGUUGCCUCACCAGUCUUCAGCCAACAGAAGUUCAUCAGCCACAAGUUCAGCAGGUUCAUACGCCGACUACACCAACAGUAACAGAAGUGAUGACAACGCGGAUUACAGAAACUCAGAGGGCAGAGAGGAAACCCUGAAAAGCUUUGAGGCCAAAUUUCCACUUCAGUUCAAACCUUUAAAGACAGCCACAUUGCGCACUGGUCUGUCCAAGGUGUCCAGCGUGGACAGUCAACCAGGACGCUCCCAAAGCCCCACCUACUGCAGCAGCCCUGUAACCACCACUAGCCAAUCAGAGCUGAGGAUGACAUUUAGUCCAACAGCUACCAAUGGUGUAGACAGCUCCAUUCCCAUGGCCUACCUGAAGCUGGACUACCAGUUACAGCCUCUAGCUCCCUGUCCCAACUCCAAAGAGUCCAUGGCUGUGUUUGAGCAGCACAUCAGGAUGGCUCAGGAGUUCCUCAAGGUCCAGUCAGAGAUCUCUCACCUUGUCCAGAGGAAACAGGAGCUGAUGUCGGAGCUGGAGCUGGACCAGGGGGAGCAGCACACUUCAUCCGGACUCAUCCAGGAGCACAGGAAGCUGCUGGAGGACAACAGCCACCUGUCGGCCUACCACCAGGGCCUGAAGAGCAAACUGACCCUGAUGAAGAGUCAGAACCAGCAGCACAGCUAGAACACCCGACACCCUCUGUUUUUACUCUGCUCUCUUCUGGACUGCCUUUUCUCCUCCUGGAGGAAAUGAAACGCUUUGACCGAAAGAGAAAAGUAGGGAAGCCCUUCAUCCUGAGAAAAUUAGACCUUUAACUCACCACAAAGCAAUGCAUCAAGCUAACAUGAGAAUUAAAUCCAAAGCCUAAAGUGCAACUGAAAUGUAAGUAGUUUUGUCCAUGAUAUUUGAUUGACAGCUGAGAGCUGGUAUUGGACAGACCUGUCACCAUGUUAAACUAAAUGUCUGGUGUUUUUGAACCUGGGUCUUAAUCUCAUUAAUUUUGUUGAUUCUGACAACUUGUCAACUUCACAGCUCCACUGUAAAGAUUUUUGUAAAACUCAACACCUGGCCAGACAUUACAAUCUUUGCAUGUUAUUUCAGACAGUUAGUAUUAGUAUUUCCAUUCAAACAAUUAAAAAGUAAAUGCUCAUAAUUCUAAUUCACAAUCUUUUGAGGUCAUGAGAUAAAUCAGUUGUUAGAGAUAAUGUCAGUAUUUACCACGUCCCUCUGGGUCCCUGUCUAUUUAUUGAUGGACUUUGCCAUAAAGUCCAACUCAUUUCAGUCUUUACUGUUGGAAUGGUACCAAUGAGUCUCCACUUUUAUUCUAAAGGACUCUCAUGCAGGUAGAAACAGCUUUAGGUGUCAAUGCCUUGUGAGGUUAUAAGUGAAUUUACCUUUUACCAAGUCAGUUGUAGUUUCUUGUAUUUUCUUUUUUUAAUUCUUGAAAAGUGACUGCAACUGAUAUUUGUAAAUCCUUCUUACUUUUAUAUAUUCUGGUUAUCACAGCAUUUGUAUUGUGUAUUAUAGAAAAAGGAAAGGUGGGGUGGGCUGAAUCAUGUUACUGUGAAUACAAGAGUUCUGCUUCAGACACAUGCUGCCUGCGAGAAGUAGAAAAGCUUUGUUGAAAUGUUAUUGUACAUAACUGUAGAAUAAUGAACCUGACAGACUCUUAUCUGUUAACGUUCUGUUUUCUUUUGUUCCUUUUUACAUAUUUCACAGAAUUGAGUUAACAUUAUUCUGCACUGCACUGUCUGGGUCAAAGAGAUCUACAGCAUGUGUUGUAGUCUCAGUCUAGUUUGGUGCUUUCUAUGACAGUGCGUACUCUGGCACUCUGAUUGUUGUUUAUAUGCAGUUGUUCAAACGUUGCCUUAGGGUUGUUCUUGUACAGUUUAUUUUCUCACUUCAAUUGAUUUCAUAAAUACUUUUAUUUGAA